AUGUCUUCUUCGUACAACAGCCAAGGAGGAACCUGGCAAGAGCGUCUCGAGGAUGCCUGUCGCGAGGCCAACAUCUUGCCCCCGGUCUUCCAGAUCGUCUCUGACCGACGUGGUGGUCGCACUGCUUGGUCCAGUCGAGUAACGGUUCACGGACGCACCCUCUCCGCACGAUUCUGGUACGACGGCAAGAACCUCAACAACGCGAAGGAAGACGCCGCCGAAAUGGCACUCAAUUACCUCACCGGCUCCAACCCCAGCUCGCCAGCGAACAGCAGGGGAAGUUGGUGA